AGCAAUCGUGAUUCUUUCGGGCAGUGUCGAUACGAUCGUCGUUCGAGCGUUCACGCGCGAGAAAAAAAGGAAGUCGAAUUCGCAAAGACGAGGAAGCGCGAGGAAGUGAAGACAAAAGUUUCGACGAGUUGGAGUAAUUGACUCUCGAUUCGGUGUUUCUCUUUCGCUGUCCGGAAAAUUCGUCAAGAUGUUCAAAUUCGUGGUAGUCGGAGCACUCUUCGUGGUAUCCGCUCUCGCUGCACCGGCGACACAGGAUGCUGGCUCAGCGCCGCCACCCUCGAUCCUCGAGGAGGCCCUCGACGUGUACGCUUCCUGUUCCGGGGAAUCGAGCAUCGCGGUGUGUCUCAAGAUGAAGGCCUUGCGCUACGUCGACCGUGUCGCUCGCUCAGCCGACAUCGAUAUCGUUGAUGGAUUCAAGAUUGUGCAGAACGAAGAUGCCAAGAAUAGCCGAGCUGACAAUGCAAGGUCUCUCAAUGACAUUGAAAGUACUUUACCUACGGAGACCGAAGCCAAAGAAGCCGCAAUUGAUCAGGCUAUUGUCGACAGAGCCGCCAAAUUCUUAUCCACGCACACAGUUGAGUUGAGCCUUCCCGAAGAUGUUUCUCGCUCUUUCGACGAAGCUCGUGGCAAGAAGAAGAAGAUCGUGAAAUCUCUGUUGCCCAUUCUUCUUCUGCUGAAACUGAAAGCCGCCGCUCUUAUUCCCAUCGCCCUUGGUGCUUUGGCUUUGGUAGCUUUCAAAGCCCUUGUCAUCGGCAAGAUUGCCCUCAUCAUCAGCUUGAUCCUCGGUCUGCAGAAAUUGCUCGCUUACAAGAACCAGAGUUACGAGGUCGUCGCUCACCCCGUUCAUGAUUAUGGACACGACGUGCACCACGACGUGCAUCACGGCUGGGCGAGAUCAGCGGUCGCUUCCGAUCUCGCGUACAAAGCGUAUAAACCUUCCGAAUAGUUCAAAGUUAUGCGCAACUUCUCUUUCUUCUAAUUUUCUACCUUCAUUCGCCAAAGUGAUCGUCUCUAAUCCGGCGAUCACACGAGGGUGGCGUGGCUCAGCUUCUCAGGGAUCCGCAAACAAGCUCAACUCGACAACGAAGACGUUUGUUACAAACUAUAUAUUAAACUCUAUAGUAAUUCUAUGUAGACGAGCAAAUGACUGUUAGACACGGACAGUUACUGGAUUUUGCACGGACUGGAUUUAACGGUACGUGACUCGACGACUCUGACGACGAUACUGCGAUCGACAAUCGAUAGGGAUGCUACGAUCGUCGUAGUUUAACAUACAUUCCGGUAAAUCUAUGACGAAGCUUUUCACUUCAUCGACAACGAAGAAAGGCUGUAUCCAGAGAUUAUGAGAAUCUCAAAAGACUCUCAGAAUAGUGGAAUCCUGUUCAAAUAAUACAAGUCGCGCCCUCUCGAUCAUACUCGUGCGGUAUCCUUUCAGAAUCCUCCGUGUCCGUCGCAUGCGGAACGACUCGUAGUCAGUACUCGCACGGGACCACCAGAUUUAAUCCAAUGAUUAUUUAUAUAUCGAUCACCCCGUCUUGGGAUCAUCAUGUAACUUAUCAUAUUAUUUAUAAAUAAAUUGUAAUUUUGUAUAAUAUUAAACAUUGAUUUAAUUUUA